UGUAAUAUUUAUGAUUAAUUUUUACAUUUAUUUUCUAGCUAUGGAUCUUAAUGCAAUCACAUGUACUGCUACAGUAGAGGAGCUUUCAGCUGGAGGGGAAACACUCAGAAAGAUGCAACAUAAAAGUGUGACUUUCACUCUAGGAAGAAAUGAAUUUAGGGAUGUAAUACUAUGCAUAAAUUUUCCUAAUAAGCGUGAGAUGAAAUAUACAGUUAAAGAUGUGUUGGUGCACAAGAAAUUUGUUAAGGAUGGCAAAGCCACAAUAAAACUUCCAACAGAAAACACUCAAGUAAUGGUUUCAAACUGUGCUCCAGAUAAACUGGUAAUGUUUCUCAAAACACUGACAACUAAGCUUGAGUGUUUAAAAAAGAAAGGUUUUGUAAGUGAUCGGAUGAAGUGGAAGUCUGAUCUACCUAGGACUUUUGAAGAAAUAAGUCCAUUGACAAUGAGGGAUUUAAAAGAAGCUCAUGAGGUGAAAGCGAAAUUGGCAGAAAAAUCUGAUUUAUACACUCCUAAAGGAAAGCGGAAAAGAUGUGCAAAUGAUAUAGAAAAUCAGCAACCUCCUGGAAGUAAAAUGGCACGAAAACUCAUGUGUAGCGAUGUUAAGGGUAUAAUAGGAUUGAAAGAAAGUAGUUUACUAGAAGCAGGGGCUACACCAGAAGCAGUAACUGACCCAGUCAAGUUGACUAAGGAACAGAAAACUGUAUUGGAAAGUGUAAAAAGUGGACAAAACAUUUUCUUCACUGGCAGUGCAGGGACUGGAAAAUCUUUUCUUUUGAGAAGAAUUAUUG